CUGGCACCUCAGGCAUCGAGUGGCAUCGCACAGCCGCCGUUUAGGAGAUCGCUGCUCGCGAGGCGCCAGUUUUCGCAGAUCUGCUCAUCUCUCUCGGAAUUCGCCAGUCAUGAGGGCGUUGGUUGCGGUGAAGCGUGUGAUAGACUAUGCGGUGAAGGUGCGUGUGAAGCCCGACAAGUCAGGAGUGGAGCUGAACAACAUCAAGAUGUCGAUGAACCCCUUCUGCGAGAUAGCUGUGGAGGAGGGCGUCAGGCUCAAGGAGGCUGGAACCCUCUCAGAACUCGUCGCCGUCUCGUGCGGACCUGACAAGUGAGUGAGCCAACGAGCCAGCCGGCCUGAGGAAAGGCAAUCAGACGGGGGUUGUGGGUGUGUGCUGUGUGUCGUGUGUGGUUUUGUGGUCCAGAUCUCAGGAGAGCUUAAGGCAAGCGCUUGCAAUGGGAGCAGAUCGGGCUAUCCUCCUCAAAACAGGUGCGUGGCACGGCUGUGUCAUCGCCAGACCCGUUGGCUGCACUGCGCAUAGGUAGCGCUGUGUGGGUGGGUGUGGUGUAUGUCAGAUUACCGGACAGACAUGGAGCUGCAGCCGUUGGCGGUAGCGAAGCUGCUCAAGAAGAUGGUGGAGAAGGAAGACCCGAUGGUCGUGCUACUCGGCAAACAGGUGGGUGUGGCGGGCAAAGAGAAACAUGCGACCCGACCCGUGAUGGAUGGAUGGAUUGAUGAAAAAUGGUUGUGUCAGGCCAUCGAUGAUGACAGCAACCAGACUGGACAGCUGCUCGCAGGUACCCAACGAGCAAGACGGUGUGAAGGGGGCCGGGCCGGGCUGGGCUGGCUGUUUCCUGGCUCGUUGCUGAACGUGUCUGUUGUGUGUCUGUGUAUCAGGGAUGCUUGGGUGGCCUCAGGCGACCUUUGCUUCCAAGGUGCGCUGCCCACCACUACCUUACUGUCGGCGCGCAUGACUCUUUUCUCCCUCCUGCACCUGUUUGUUUCCCUUUUCAGUUGGCGUUCAACAGCGGCCUGACAGGAGUGGACGUGACACGUGAGGUGGAUGCAGGCCUGCAGACGGUAAGCCGGCUGGUCCUCUCUCGCCCCAAUGCAUGCCUAGCACGCAGCCAAGAUCAUCUUCUGUUCUUUCUUUGUGCCCUCAGAUAUCGUUGAAGCUUCCAUGUGUGGUGACGUGCGACCUGCGGCUCAACCAGCCGCGAUACGCCACACUACCCAACCUGAUGAAGGUCAGCCACAACAACAGCCAGACAGCCACAGGCAUAUUCCACGUGUAUGUGUUAUGUGCAGGCCAAGAAGAAGCCCCUCGAGGUGGUGGAUGCGGCGUCGCUAGGUGAGUGAAAGAGUCAGUGGCUAGGCCAGGCCGCCUGCAGAGGUACCCAUACAUUCGGUUGAUCCAUUGAUUCGCUGGUUGGUUCAGGUGUUGACAUGUCACCAAGGCUAGAAUACCUGAGGUGGGGAGAACAAAAUGACACUUCCAGCCAGCACACUUGACGGGGCGCCCCUCCCUCCCUCCCUCCCUCCCUCUCUCCACCUUACAUGUGGUUCAGUGUUGAGGAGCCGCCGAAGAGGGAAGGAGGCAGGAAGGUAUGUCGGCACCCACCCCGCUAGAACAACCGACCACGAUGAAGACACCUUACUGCGUGCGUGCGUGUGCGUUCAGGUCGAUUCGGUGGAUGAGCUGCUCGACAAGCUGCGAAACGAGGCCAAAGUGCUGGCAUGACUCAUUGACCUAACCGUGCAAUCGCGUAUAAGUGUAUCGCCCACUCACCUUUUUCGGGUCAGGUCAGAGGGCACGGCACACACGCCCGGUGACACACGCACACACAUACAUAGUUGAG